AUCUACCGGUGUGGGAUUGAAGGAAGUCAGUAUAACCUCCUUGGUGGCAUCAAUGCUUUGACGUCACGAAACAAUCUGGUCUCUCCGCCAUCUUAGGAUUUUCAUGGUAGUUCAACGUUAGAAUCGUGGCUGUACGUUACUAGAGCAUCCGUUAAGAUUCGUGCAAGUGAACUACUUGAGUUGUGUGUGCAUUCCAGUUCUGAUGGCUGAAACGGAUAAAUUGAAUAUAGACAGCAUUAUAGCACGGCUAUUGGAAGUGCGUGGUGCUCGUCCUGGCAAGAAUGUACAGCUAACAGAAAGUGAAAUAAGAGGUCUGUGUUUAAAAUCACGAGAAAUAUUUCUUUCUCAACCAAUUUUGCUGGAGUUAGAAGCACCACUUAAGAUUUGCGGUGACAUCCAUGGUCAAUAUUAUGAUCUCCUGAGAUUAUUUGAAUAUGGUGGUUUCCCACCAGAAUCUAAUUACCUUUUCCUUGGGGAUUAUGUGGACAGAGGGAAGCAGUCUUUGGAAACAAUCUGCCUUUUACUGGCUUAUAAAAUUAAAUAUCCAGAAAACUUUUUCCUGUUAAGAGGAAAUCAUGAGUGUGCCAGUAUCAAUAGGAUAUAUGGAUUUUAUGAUGAAUGCAAGCGGCGGUAUAACAUUAAGCUGUGGAAAACAUUCACGGACUGUUUCAAUUGCCUACCUGUGGCUGCCAUUGUAGAUGAAAAAAUAUUCUGUUGUCAUGGUGGGCUCAGUCCUGAUCUCCAGAGCAUGGAACAGAUUCGUCGUAUAAUGCGGCCAACUGAUGUACCAGACCAAGGCCUCCUUUGUGAUUUGUUGUGGUCUGACCCUGAUAAGGACACAAUGGGCUGGGGUGAGAAUGACAGAGGUGUGUCCUUUACAUUUGGAGCGGAAGUAGUUGCAAAGUUUUUGCACAAGCAUGACUUUGACCUCAUUUGUAGAGCUCAUCAGGUUGUAGAAGACGGCUACGAAUUUUUUGCGAAACGACAGCUGGUCACACUUUUCUCAGCACCCAAUUACUGUGGUGAAUUUGACAAUGCAGGUGCAAUGAUGUCCGUUGAUGAAACACUCAUGUGCUCAUUCCAAAUAUUGAAGCCGGCUGAUAAGAGGAAGUUUGCUUAUGGAGGACUGAAUGCUGGAAGACCUGUUACACCACCUCGUGGAGCAACAACAAAGAACAAGAAAAAGUGAACGUGUCUGGGUUGAGCAACUGAGCUGCUUAAAUAUACUUAAUUUGAAUGCUGAAUUCACUGUAGCAGCUAGAACUACAGGAGUAUUGUGCAUUGUGGAGAGACUGCUGAAAAUAUAAAUGUUGUGUAAUAUUGUUGGGCCUGAAGUCCUGACUCAGACGUUGUCACAAAGCUGUUUACCAGUGGUACAACAUAUUUGUAGUUUUAUAAUUUUAUGCCAAACAUUCUUCAGUACUCAUUACAAGCAAAAUUUAAUACUAAGUUAAAUACGUGACAGCGUAUCAGUGCAAUUGCAGUUAUUUUAUCAAAAUCUGUUUACUGUGGAGCUACCUGUUCUGCAGUCAACUUUUUGUAACGCAGAGCUGUUAAAAGUGGAAUGAACUUACAAAUAUGUAAUAUUUGGAAUAUUGAAGCACUAUUAGAUAUAACAGUGUUUUUAUUUCUAACAUAUAAGUGAAAUUAUAUAGAUGCAAGUUUGUGUUGUAGCACAGUCUGAAGAGUAUUAGAAGGUACAUCAGUGAUGACUCAUUAUGAGUGACUAGUAGUGCUUAAUAUUAAACAAAAAACAUGAAUACCUUCACAUAUAAUCUGAACAUUGUAGUUAAGAUAUCCGAACCACCAAAACGUUUAAGUAGAAUUACAAAGGAAUGGAAAAGCUUCUCAUGACAAAAGUAUUCAUCCUUCUUGGCAGUGUUUGAGAGUACCAGUAGUGUUAGUUAAGUCUAUGCCACUUCUUUCAUACCUUGCCUCAUCUCUUGUAUUUUCCUCAGUUCUCACAGCAGAAUUUUAAUGGCCUGCUUGCAUGACAGUAGUAUUUAUGUAUAGUUUCUAAGCAUAAUUUCGCAAAGUACUUCAUAGAAUAAUGUCCUUCAUUUCACUGAGUGUAGGAGUUUUGAAACAUGAAAUGUAUCGUCCAUUAUGUUGUAAUUAAUCCUGUGACAGUAGCAAGUGGUCACAUUGUUUUGAAUUUGUUAUAAGAAUGUUUUGUGAUGAAGUGCAUAUUUUUUUCAGAGACCAGAUAUAUUUAAUGAUGUGGUCAACUUCCAUCCAUUUUUGGAUACUUAAAUGUACAUUACAAAAUUCAUAUUGUAUAUAAUUGUUGAUGGAUCUCCAGUUUAUCAUCUUGACUGUCUUUAUAAUGUCCCUUUAAUGAAUGUGGAGAGAGCAAAAAGAAACAAAACCUCAAUUUUAAAACAA